AUGUCGCAACCAUGUGCUAUUAAAACAUGUAAACGCACCUCACGUACUUUGUGUCAUUGUUGUAAUCAAAAUCUUUGUCGAGACCAUUUCGUUGAACAUGAUGAUCUUCUUAACUCACACUUAAAUCCAUUAACGGAUGAAAUCAAUGCAUUAAGUGAUAGACUUGCAGCAAUCAACCUUAAUAAUAUUACUGAUGAUUCACGUGAAAAACUCAAUCAAUGGUGUAUUAAUUGUCAUAAAAUAAUCGAUCUUGCCUAUGAACAAAAAUUUCAAGAACUUGAUCAAUAUAUUAUUAGUAAAUUAGACAAACUACGAACAGAUAUUACUGAUUUACGUUUAAUAAUGAGUAGAGUGAUUAAUCAACGAGAAACAACAAAGCAUGAUACUUAUUCUUUAACAUCGGCUAUUCAUGAUUUGAAACAAAACAUGAAUUCUAUCGAACAGAUUCAAAUUCAACUUAAUAUUUAUCCUUUACUUGUGAAUGAUCGUUUAAUGCAGAUCGGAAAAAAAUAG